GUAGUUUAAUAUGAUUCCACCUAAUCAUUCUGUUAUCCCGAUCUUUCCAGCCAAUUGAAUGCCAUUCGAAGCAUAUUUAUGUCAAGCGAAGCGCCUCCCAUGAACCAAUCAAACGACGCGCUCACUUCAACGGGCCCGCCCACCGCGCAAUAUAAAUAUUUUGAUGACAUUUCGCGAAUGAUUGACGAGUCGCAGGUCUGUGGUACUGAUACUAACGUGAUACAAAGUUGUGCAAAGAGUUUCGCUUCUACUCCACGAACGUUUUACACACUGGGACGGCGAUUUGUCUUACGAUCUUUUUUAACAAACUGCGUGGUUAGUAGAUAGAGCGGAGGAGAGUUAGGUAGAUAACCUAGUUAAAUUAGCUAGACCUCGAGUUUGGUGAAAGACGGAGUUUGUUAAAGACAGUGUGUGUCGAGUUAGUGAUUCACAACCACAAUGUUGGACUACUGUUCCGGGGACACGGGUGGGGCAGGAUACCCCCCUUGCAGCACGUCGAUGAAUUCUAUCCUGAGUAUGAACAAUUCGGUAGAUGCCAGCAGACAGAACUCUCUGAUGCUAAGCAGUCCGCCGUUGGCGGCGCUGCACAAUUUGACAGAAAUGAAAUUCCCGUCGUCGACGUCCAUCCUGAACCAGACGGAGUACCAACAGAACGCGUUAAAGUUCAUGUCCCAGGCGAACAGCCUGUCGACCCCACACGGGAUUCAGGACAUUCUGGGUCGCCCCCACCUCAACGGGCUGGGCAUCCCCAUGGGCAGGCUCAACCACGGAAUGUACAUCAGUCCGCAGGUUAGAUUUCCGAAAAUUGCCGAGUUGCCCGGAAGACAGCCGAUAUACUGGCCGGGUGUGCUACCCCAGCCCUGGAGACAACCAGGAUCAUGUGCCCGGUUCUCGUCAACCCCGCCCUGUGUGAUGGACAAAGAUGGAAAGAAGAAACACACGCGACCCACGUUUUCCGGUCAGCAGAUAUUUGCUUUGGAAAAGACAUUUGAACAGACAAAAUACCUCGCAGGGCCGGAGCGGGCGAGGUUGGCGUACGCACUGGGGAUGUCCGAGAGUCAAGUUAAGGUGUGGUUUCAAAAUCGUCGCACGAAGUGGCGUAAGAAGCACGCGGCGGAGAUGGCGACGGCCAAGAAGAAGCAGGAGCAGGCGGAGGACAUGGAGUCGGACCUUGAGGACCUGGACGGACAGGACAGCUACGACGACGGCCAGCUCGACCACAACGGCGUUAACAUGUGCUGAGGGUCAGGCCAGCUCCAUACUAAACAGUGCUAAACUCAAAACAAAACAAACACGCGUUAUUGCGUUUCAAUUUGUCUACGCUUCCAUUCACGCCAGUUUGUUGUUGAUCACGAGUUCUAUGACGUAAUAAUAACAAUUCGUUUUGGUACAGUGAUCACGUUAUGACGUAAUAACGAGUAGCCUGUUUGUUUCCUGAGGUUACGUUUAUGACGUAAUAACGACUAGCGGGAAGCGUAGUGAUAAUUUUCGGCUCCGGCGGAAACAGUCGUCAGUUGUAUUUAGUCCACGAUGACUGAUUGGCUCCCCAGUGACCUUGACAUCAGAUUCUGGAGUCAGUCUGAGAGAAGAACAGCCUGAGGCUCGUUAACAAUGGUGCCAAUGUUUGAACACUGAACAAAAAGUGAAAAGGUGCAAAAAGACGAUAAACAUGUUAAAGAUGCUUUUUUCUUCUUUUUUUUUUUCUUUAAUAAUGUAAAGUAUUUCGUUAAUUAACCCUUUAAGGAUUAAUCAAAGUUAUAAAUGUUGUACAGGAGUGUAGUUCGUGUGAUCUACGAUAGGAGGUGAACCACGUGACCCCGUCGUCCAUCUACAAUAUAAAUCCCGAGAGCUGAGACUAUUAUUAAUAUGAUGUCAGCCUUGUCGGGCCAUUUGUUAUUUAUUAUCUCUAAUCCGCGUUUAAAGAUAGCCUUCUCAUUUGGCCAUAAUUAAUGAGGAAGACGGAUAUUCAUCCUUUCUUAUUUACACCAUUACUGUGAGAGCAUUCGCUUCCGGUCUAGUAGGUCUUCUGGAUUUCAAGGACAAUCCUGUGUUUGUUGAGAAUUUAACCCAAAAUAUUUCUCGACCCAAAUAAUAUUUUUGUGGGUUUUGUUUUUAAUAGUCUGAUUAUUAAAACAGUUUUUACAUGUCUGAAAAAAACCCCACCCUAGUUGAGUAGAUAUUGAAAAACUGGUAUGUGUGUUUCUCGGAUGUUAAGACUGUACCAGGAAGUCUUUGUGAUUAGUUCUUGUACUUUACUUGGGUGCUUCUCUCACUGUAAACAUAGACUCUUAACUUGAACGUGUGUGUGUGUGUGUGUUGCCUUUCCAAAAUCCAAUCAGAAAAUAAAAAUCACCCAAUCUAGACUAACUAAUUGACGCUUCAUACCAGGCUGUUGCGACGUGGUGUGGAGCGUCUGAGUCGUGUGGCACACCCUGCUGUAGAUUACAUUGUGUCCGCUCACCCAGCAACCACCCACACGACCGCCCUGUGUUUACCCAGUCUACCCGUGCUCCCCGUUUCCAGGCUCUAUUAUCAGGUGGCCAUUUGUCAAAGCACGACCGUGAUUUACUAGACUGGUAGCGCGCUACUUGCUCCUCGACUGUUAGAGUUAGACUGGUCUGCAUAGGCAUCUAUGAAAGGGCUACCUCAUUUUAGUUUCAUGAUUUAUUUUCAAAUAGAGAUGUAUUGUUCAUACGCUCAAGGUAUUGCUUGAUAUUUAUUUCUUGCCCAGUGACAAUUAUAACGUUGGUGAUGAAAGCAGUGUAAUUUUGUUAAGGGCAGGUACAGAACUGAUCACGUGGGUGGGGUGCUGGGGGUAAUUAUUAUUUUACGGUUGGUGGUUCUGUCGCAUCGUUUUUCCACUAUACAUACAUAUGGAUUUAAUCUAAUUUUGUUUUGUUUGUGGUAGGUAUAUUUUAGCAGUGCCUCCAGCCAUGUGGUCGCUUCUGGAACUGCCCAUGAUGUAUACUCAAUACAUUAAUUAAAGCCAGUAAAUACUUUCGGCAUUUAAAUUUUUUUUUUUUUUAAAUACGAUAAGAAAUAUAUAGCUUUUUCCGUUAGAAGGUGUCGACGUUUUGGUAUGUUCUUAAACUUAUUAAUUUAAACACCGAUUUCUGAAGAGCAAAUACAAUAACCAGUAUUGUUUCCAACCAAUGUGUGAAGAAUUCUAGAUGAAUGCGCAUGUCUGUGUUUUUCAUAAAUGCACGAGACCAGUCUUUACUGAAACAAUGUUUAGACGUGACAUGCGAUCAAAACCUACUAACAUAUCAUGACACUGGCAAAGAAUUACAAAAUGGUCUACUAGCCGUUAAUUACUGUUGAGUAUAUUUUAAAAAAACAUAUAUGUCUCUUUUGUUCCCCUCUUUUUUAAUGUUAUGAUUUUAAAUGUUUUCAUUUUUAAAUUAUUACUAUUAGAUCAUAAUAUUUUAACAAAUACACAUCGCAGGUGAGAAUCCAUAAUUUAAGAACAGGAUAUAAUCUUAUUUCUAGAAAAUAUUGUACAGACAUUUCCAAACAUUUUAACUCAAACAUUAAAUAAAACAGAACGUGUUGUCACUUCUUUUGAGUAGUUAUUAAAUUUAAAAACUAGGAAAUAUGUUGAUUCUAGUGUGAUUUUAGCGCCCCUAUAGACCCGCCCCUGUGAUAUUCGUCACUGACUGCUGUCACAUGCCGUUGUCGCGAUGUGAGACAUGUAAUGCACGCAGGACGUGACAGCACCUUUGUCGACAAUAAUAUGCGGUCGGUAACAGGCCAGGACACGCUAUAAACGCGUUAAGCAUGGCGUCUAUAUUUAAAUAAUUUGUCCGAUUAAAGGAAAUCGAUACACGAACAUCAAUCACGUCUCGAGACGCAAAAAGAAAGUGUAAUCUUUUGCAGACCCUGCUACUAAUUUCCAUUGUUUGGUAGACGGUUUAGCCAGAUUUGUAUCAAAUUGUCCCUAAAUCGAAUCGCAAUCCCGCCUUGUAAAAAGGAUAAAAUGGCGGCGACGUCUGCUUGAUUGGAAUGGCGCGAAGAUGAUCCAUUCUUCACUUAAAGUGCUGAUUAGUUGUUUAAGUUUCGUCUGCUAACAAUGUCGCUUGAUUAAUACGGUAGUGGGGAUAAUGGUCAUUAAUUGUAUUCAAGAGGACAAACCCGACAGAUGUAUUUCUUUGCUUUAAUAUUUUGAAACUUUGAAACUUUAUUUCUGUACACUCAUGCCGUCAAACGACAGCAUACGAGGAAUUAUUGUACUAUAGUUAUUUACUGGAAACAGGUGUACCAGAGAUAGGUUUUCUUCUUCUUCUUCUGAAUCGGUGCUUCUUGCAAUUGACUGUGGUGAUUACCUAUUUCAAAAACAAAUUGUAAUUCAGGAUAUGGUACAUAAGAAACAAGCAGUGUAUAAAAUAAUAUGAUUUUGAGUUGACUAUUGGCAUUAGGCACAACAAAUACUAGAUAUAAAAUUAUUAUAAUAUUAGCUUUUCCUUUCACAAAUAAAAGCAUCGCAAAGGUGCGGAACGAUAAACUACCACAGUUCGUUUUUUCUAAAUAUGUUUGGUUUAAAAAAACGGUUUAACUCUAUAUUUACAUUUACAAUCUUCACAUUGAAUUCUUCUUUCAACAAGAAUGAUUUGGUAUGAACCAUUUGCCAUGUCUUGUAAUAUAGUCCAAAGUGUUUUGUAAUAUCUGCAUUGAAAAUAUUAAGCUUGAUUAUUUUUAAUUCGUUGAUAUCGAUUUUAAAAUAUAUACAUUUUGAUAAAAAUCACUCUUCAAUUUUAAUAAUACCAAUAAAGCAAAAGUGGGCAAUAUGAAAGAAACCAAAAGACGACUGCCCACUAGCGGCUAAUUUGCAUGUCACGUACCAACGACUGCCCCCUAGUGGCUGGAGUGUGCGACUUCCUGUUUCCAACCAUCGCCUAAUCUCGGGUGUCUUUAACAGUAAUAAAUGUAGUGGAACUAUAUUGGCUUUAGACGCGUGGACCAAGACCUGUAGUUUUGUCUGAUCCCCACUUAAAGAGUGCUUUAUAACAAAACUAAAAUGUAUUCACCCGCCUAUUGUAGUUCCAUAAACCUAGCUGGCUUUAAUAUGACAAAACCCCGGUGUUGUAGAUGACCGCUACGGGUCAUUUCUAUUUGUUUUACUUAAUCAUGUUGUUACAUGUCGGCCAUUUAAUCUGCGCUUAAAUAGGAACCGUUUGGAGUUUGAUUUACAAUAAAUAUGUCUUUAUUAGCGGGAAAACAAUUAAGGAGUAUUUCAGCAAUUUAUACUUUCAGUGUAUAUUAAUAAAUAAACAUUACAAUAUAGACCUAAUUAUAAAGAUUCAUUUCAUACACACACACAAACCCCCCCCAAAAAAAACAAACAAAAAACACCCUCAUUUAAAAUCAAAUAAAUAAUAAUAAUAAUUAUAAUAAUAAUAAUUAUAAUACUUAUUAUUUUUAUUUUUAUUAUUAUUAUUAUUAUUAUUUUUUUUUUUAAAACAUUAUUACUAUUAUUAUAUUUAACUAUUAUUUCGUUAUUUUUGUGUUAUCUUUUUAAAUUAAUUUAAAUAAAGACGCUGCCACAAACCGACACUCAACGUCUAGUUGCUCUUCGCAGAUUAAAUGGUCCGUGUUUUAGGUAGUGCCGGGUAGCGCUUAGUACUAAAAAACUAACGAGUGACUGUUCAAAGGGAAUAGUUAUUGUUUACCUAUUGUGUUAAUUCCAUGGUGCUUUCGGGUAAUUUAUUUUACCUUUUGUACCUUAACUCAGUACGAAAUACAAAAUAUAAAAAUAUAUAAUUGAAAAUAAAUGUUAGUUUACAUACUUUGCCCCUCAGAAUAAUCUAAGGGUUGCAAUUUUGUAACGUUUUGAUGGAAUUAUACAUCUAAAUUAAUAAAUAUAUUUAAAAAUAUAAUGAAAAACCCCCAAAAACUGAGAAGCAUUGUAAAAUUUAAAUUUUAAUAUUUAACUAUUUUAAGGUCCAAGUUAAAUAUUUGUUUAACAGUUAUUUGUACAGUACCUAUUUCAUUUUUGACAAAUAAUUAAAUACCAAAUUGAACGCAUUUGUCAUUUGUAAUGACAUAUAGCAUAUGUAAGGUCAUUGUUAAAAUAUAUUUUGUAAAUGUAAUGUAUAAAACGUGGUAUUUACAAAAAUAUGCAGUUUAACCUUUUGUGUUUCUAAAUUUCUUGCGUAUUUAUUUGUGUAUGUUCUUUCCUCUCCUCUGUCGCUAUUUGAACAUUACUGUUUUAGGUCAUCUAGUUUCUUCAUGUUAUGAUUAGGGUACAUAAAUAAUUUAUAUACUGGUUUAUAAUAUGUACACGUAGUUUUGAAGAAAUUACGCUUCAGAGGUCUGUUUAUUGUCUUGUUUCUAAAGUAGGUGAAACACACUGUAUAAAUUAAUUUAUUUUUAAGUUGUUUAACUUUUAGCGAAAGGACUUCUUUUCAUAUCAAGAAUUAUAAUAAUUUAUUACAAAUAAUAACAUAGUUAUGUUGAUGCAAUAUACCAAAGUACAAUAUUAUACAAGAAAGCAAAACUAAUAUUAUAAUUUAAACAUGAGAUGUUUAUAUAUGAACAAAACAAGGAUUAUAGUCCUGGCUGCAAACUAUUGUGUGUAGACUUCAUUUCACGUGGCUGCCAGAGGCAGCUCUACUGAACGUUUGGGGGUGUGCUCUUACCCCCACCUAGUACUAUAAUACAGGUGGAUCUAGAGACUGUGAUUCUGAUAUCAGUGGAACUUUCCUGUCAUGUAUAAUGUUUAUGUUUUUUUUUGUGUUGGAAAUUAAAUUCACAACAAUGA